AUGUACGAACACCUCUUCGACAGCUCAUCUUCUCCGACCUACGAAGACUGGCUCCAGAACGGCGGGCUACUUAUUCCCAGCAUAUCCGAAUACGACAUCUGCAUCAUCUGUCGCGAUGUCCCGAAUGAUCCGGUACAGACGUCGAAAUGCAAGCACGUUUUCUGUUCCGAUUGCUGUUUUGAGUGGUUCAAGCGCGGAAAUUCGAGACAGCGCCUCUUCCAUCACGCCUCCUACAGCGGCAAGCCCGUCCAGGAAUACAUCGUCAAACUGACCGUCUUGUUGAUGCUCGUCGCCUUACCCCUGGAGACUAUCGGCAUGUGCAACGUGAAAAACCAUCCAGCUUACGGCCUUGUGUGCCUUGGCGGAUGGGUUUGGCACUACGGCAGCUUGGCAUACGCGACCGAGAUGCGCAAGCACUUCGAGACAGAGUGGUGGAAGUGGUUGGAAGGGCUGGAUAGUUGGGUGGAGGAUGAAGGCAUAGGUGAUGGUAUACAAGCUCUCGACCUGUUCGUGGCGGCGACAUGGUUGGUGUAUCAGGCUGUUGUGUUCGAGCGAAUGUUGGAAGAGUGGGUCGAUCCGGAUAUGUUGUGGAAGGGAGUGGUUUGGCUUGCAGCUGACGUUGUGUCAUACGUCGGAAGACUCGGAGAGCUGGGGUCUGUCUGCCGGAGGUUUUUUCAUGAGCGAAGGGGAUGGCCGGAGGAUUCAAUCACGGACGACCCUAAGCAGAGUCAGCAUGAGAGGCAUAACGUCGUCCGGAAGAGAUACGCCCUCGUUGUACAGCUAUUCUGCGGUCGGAGUCUUGGUAGUAUGAUCCAUGCCUGGUUUGAAUGA